AUGAUGGAAAGUAUAGAAACAAUUGGUGGUGAAGGUGAUAGAGAUGAUUAUCAAUAUGGAAAUAAAAUUAAACAAGAGAAAAUAGCAAUAGAUAAUAUAGUUGAUGAAGGUAGAGAUAAAUUAUAUUUAAAUAAACAAGCCUUUGGCGAUUUAUUUGUUCCAUUCUAUCCAAAUGAAAUACGAUAUUGUAUAAGUAAAGAGGAUUUUUUGGAAAAGGUAGUUAAUAAAGCAAAUGAAUAUAAUGAACCCUCAAAUAAAUAUAAAAUAAUUCACAUUGUAAAUAUAAUAAUGGCUGUGUUAUUACAUGCUAUAAAUUUGUUUUUUUUAUUCUAUUUCAAAGCAGAUGUUGCCUACUUUUUUAUUGUUAUCAUUCCAACAUUUUUAUUUAUAUUAUCAACAUGGGUUAUUAAUUUAUUCCAAACAAAGUCCACAAAAAAAAAUUCAAAAAAGAUUGAAAAUUAUUUCGAAAAACUUCACAUAAAAUAUCCAGGUUUAUCGUUCAUAACACUUUUUCAUGAAGAUCACAAUAGAAAAUUUUUUUUUGGUCAACUCAAAAUAAAUUUAAAAGAAAUAAUUGUUGAUUUCCCAAUUAAUAAUACUGAAGAAAUUGUUACCCCUGGUGGUGAUGAUAAACCUUUUCAAAUUAAUCGUAUUAAUAUUAAUAAUCCAAAUGAUGAUAUAAAUAAUUUUAACAAUAAUAAUAUUAAUAAUAAUAUUAAUAGUAAUAAUAAUAUUAUUAGUAAUAAUAAUAAUAAUAAUAAUAAUAAUAAUAAUAAUAAUAAUAAUAAUAAUAAUAAUAAUAAUAAUAAUAAUAAUAAUAAUAAUAAUAAUAAUAAUAAUAAUAAUAAUAGUAAUAGUAAUAGUAAUAGUAAUAUUAAUAUUAAUAUUAAUAGUAACAAUAAUAAUAAUAAUAAUAAUAAUAAUAAUAAUAAUAAUAAUAAUAAUAAUAAUAAUAGUAAUAAUAAUAAUAAUAAUAGAAAUAAUAAUAACAAUAAUAGAAAUAAUGGUAACAAUAACAUAGAAAAUAUUGUGAUCGAUAUAGAUUCAAUUAACGCGAUACCAAAUAAUCAAUCAAAUACUGUACAUAAUAAUAACAUUAAUAAUAACAUUAAUAAUAAUGAUAAUAAUGAAAUUUUGGUUGAAAAAAACUUUUUAGAGCUUUAA